GUCUUUGAGUGUGCGAGGCCACAAGUAUAUCCACUGUCCUGGUCAGUGAUUUAUCCAGCGGAUUGGAGCAUGCAUCAUUAGCGGGAUGGUUGGCCACCAAGGCUGCAAUGUCGUCCCUGACGACCUCCAGUGAGGGAGAAAGCUCUGCUCCCAGGUUUGUGGUCGGUUCCAGGGAUGAUGAGACAGACUUCCUUGGAUCAAACAUGAAGACAGACGAAAUUGAUUUCUUUGAAGAUGAAGAGGAGGAGGAAUCGCCACCUGAACGGCAGAUUGUGGUUGGAAUAUGUGCCAUGACCAAAAAGUCCAAGUCAAAGCCCAUGACGCAGAUUCUGGAACGUCUGUGCAAGUUUGAGUAUAUCACAGUGGUGAUUAUGGGGGAAGAUGUUAUUCUGAAUGAACCAGUGGAGAACUGGCCCUCUUGUGACUGCCUUAUCUCCUUCCACUCCAAAGGAUUCCCACUGGAUAAAGCAGUUGCUUAUGCCAAGUUGUGCAGGCCGUUUUUGAUUAAUGACCUUGAUAUGCAGUAUUACAUCCAGGACAGGCGGGAAGUGUAUCGGAUUCUUCAAGAAGAGGGGAUAGACUUGCCCCGCUAUGCUGUGCUCAAUCGUGACCCUGAUAGACCAGAAGAAUGCAACUUAGUGGAAGGAGAAGACCAUGUGGAGGUAAAUGGAGCUGUUUUCCCAAAGCCAUUUGUAGAGAAGCCAGUCAGUGCUGAAGACCAUAACGUGUAUAUUUACUACCCAACCUCAGCAGGUGGGGGCAGCCAGCGUCUCUUUCGGAAGAUUGGCAGCCGGAGUAGUGUGUACUCCCCAGAGAGCAGUGUAAGGAAGACAGGCUCAUACAUUUAUGAAGAGUUCAUGCCUACAGAUGGCACAGAUGUAAAGGUUUACACUGUUGGGCCAGACUAUGCCCAUGCAGAGGCUCGUAAAUCCCCUGCUUUGGAUGGGAAGGUUGAACGGGACAGUGAAGGGAAAGAAAUCCGUUAUCCAGUCAUGCUGACUGCCAUGGAGAAGCUAGUUGCCAGGAAAGUCUGUGUCGCCUUUAAGCAAACUGUAUGUGGAUUUGAUCUCUUGCGAGCAAACGGCCACUCGUUCGUUUGUGAUGUGAAUGGCUUCAGUUUUGUGAAGAACUCUAUGAAGUACUACGAUGACUGUGCCAAAAUUCUUGGAAACAUAAUUAUGCGUGAAUUAGCUCCCCAGUUUCAUAUUCCCUGGUCCAUCCCAACAGAGGCAGAAGAUAUUCCUAUUGUCCCCACGACUUCAGGCACCAUGAUGGAACUUCGUUGUGUUAUUGCGGUCAUCCGGCAUGGAGAUCGAACCCCAAAGCAGAAGAUGAAAAUGGAAGUUAAGCAUCCGCGGUAUGGACAUUUUUCUGGCAUUAACCGUAAAGUGCAGUUGACCUAUCUGCCUCAUGGACAUCCAAAAACUACAAGUGAAGAUGAAGAAGCUCGCAGAGAGUCUUCCCCAUCUCUUCUCCUCGUGUUGAAGUGGGGUGGAGAACUGACACCAGCAGGAAGGGUCCAAGCAGAAGAACUGGGGCGAGCGUUCCGCUGUAUGUACCCUGGUGGCCAAGGUGAUUAUGCUGGUUUCCCUGGAUGUGGCCUGCUUAGACUGCAUAGCACCUACCGUCAUGAUCUCAAGAUCUAUGCUUCUGAUGAGGGACGAGUUCAGAUGACAGCAGCAGCUUUUGCAAAGGGUCUUCUGGCCCUGGAAGGAGAGCUGACCCCCAUUUUGGUGCAAAUGGUGAAAAGUGCUAAUAUGAAUGGUCUCCUAGAUAGCGACAGUGAUUCCCUUAGCAGCUGUCAACACAGAGUGAAGGCACAGCUGCAUGAAAUCAUGCAGAAGGACGCUCAGUUCUGUGAAGAGGAUUAUGAAAAGCUAGCACCUACUGGCAGUGCUUCUCUGCUCAACUCCAUGACAUUUAUCCAGAACCCAGUUGAGGUCUGUAACCAGGUGUUCACCCUGAUCCAGAAUCUCACUUCCCAGAUACAAAAACGUCUGGAAGACCCCAAAUCUGCAGACCUGCAGCUGUAUCAUAGUGAGACUUUAGAACUGAUGCUGCAACGCUGGAGUAAGCUGGAGAGAGAUUUCCGCAUGAAGAAUGGGCGUUACGACAUCAGCAAGAUCCCUGAUAUCUAUGACUGCAUCAAGUACGAUGUACAGCACAACUGUGCCCUGAAACUGGAAGGCACAGCAGAGCUCUUCAAACUCUCCAAAGCCCUGGCAGAUGUGAUCAUACCCCAGGAGUAUGGGAUUAAUAAGGAGGAGAAACUGGAAAUUGCUAUUGGAUUUUGUCUCCCUCUCAUUAAAAAGAUACAGUUGGACCUGCAGAGAACACAUGAAGACGAGUCUGUCAACAAACUGCAUCCCUUGUACUCAAGAGGAGUUUUGUCCCCGGGUCGCCAUGUUCGGACACGGCUCUACUUCACCAGUGAGAGCCAUGUGCACUCUCUGCUCAGUAUCUUCCGCUAUGGAGGACUCCUGGAUGAGAACAAAGACCAGCAGUGGAAGAGAGCCAUGGACUAUUUGAGUGCUAUCUCAGAGCUGAACUACAUGACCCAGAUUGUUAUCAUGCUCUACGAGGACAACAACAAGGACCCAUCUUCAGAAGAGCGUUUUCAUGUGGAGCUGCAUUUUAGCCCUGGUGUGAAAGGUUGUGAGGAAGGUGGAAAUGUCCCCACAGGGUUUGGCUUUCGACCUGCGUCAUCAGAGAAUGAGGACAAGAAAGCAGACCAAGGCAGCCUGGAAGACCUCUCCCAGGAGAAGGGCAUUGAUGAGCCAGAUCAGGCACGGCAGAGGUCUCCACAGCCCUCCGAGCCAGUCGGCAUUCAGCGGAGAUCCCCCCUGAUCAGGAACCGGAAAACAGGGUCCAUGGAGGUGCUUUCAGAGUCUUCCAAAUCAGGAGGUUAUCGCCUCUUCAGCACCUACUCCAGGCAAUCCUCUGAGAUGAAGCAAAGUGGCUUAGGGUCACAGUGCACCGGGCUGUUUAGCACCACUGUGCUGGGAGGCUCCUCCAGUGCCCCCAACCUCCAGGACUACGCACGCAGCCAUGGCAAAAAGUUUGCCAGCAGCCUGACGUACAAAGACGAGCUCUUGUCUAUGCCAGCCGUAAAACGAUUUUCUGUGUCGUUUGCAAAGCAUCCGACUAAUGAUGCAUUUGAGCACCACCACGUUGCCCAGUUGCUGCGCCGUUUUUCCUCUGACUAUGCCACGAGCCGGAACAUCUGCCUGGAUGCCACCCUAGCCCACCACCUGCAGCAGUGCUCCUACCACCUGCGUCUCUUCAGGAGCUGGCUGAUCUCAGGGCAGGAUGACUUGGAGUGUCUUUACGGUUUUGAAGGCUGUUCCAUGGUUCCCACCAUUUAUCCCCUGGAGACCCUGCACAACUCCCUCUCUUUGCGACAGGUCAAUGAGUUCCUGACGGCCGUGUGCAGGAGUUGCAGCGAACCGCAUGUGCAGUCUACCGCAGCUCUGUUUGAUUCGAUGAUUGGCAGUCAGAUACCAGGAGACCCCUUUAUGUCUCAGCGAGUCCUGUCAUCAUCCUCCUUCCCGCUGCGCCAGCGUUCGGAUAAACCCCCUUGGUACAGCAGUGGUCCCUCCAGCACUGUCUCCAGUGCAGGCCCGUCCUCCCCAACUUCUUUGGACAGCUGUGCUCGUUUCAGCUUCAUUGAGAAACUCUCCACCAGCCCCCCAAAGAGCGAGGAGCAGCUGAAUAACCUGUCCCCUGAGCAGGGGGAGGCGCAGCCCUCAGAUAGCCCUAGCUACAAGUCAAGCACGCGAUCUGAGCUGUCCACGGAUGAGCCUAGCGGGCAGCCGAGUGCCCCAGAGACCCUGACCUGCAGUAAGAGUCUCGAGUCAGGCAGUGCCCUGGAGCAGGGCAAGAUGGAGCUGGCGGGCAAGAACUCUGACCCAAAGGAGAAGAGUGUUGUGGAGCUGAAUGCAGAAGAAUCACCUGGGGAAAUGUUAGAUCUAGAUAAUGCAGGAGAGUUAGAAUGUGGUGGAGGCUCUGAGGUAAGAACUGCUGGGGAGAGAGUGAAACCAGCUGAGGAGUGUCCAGGGAGAGGGGUGAUCCUGGAUCGGGCAGGGCUGUUGGAGGAGACUUUGGUGCUCUGUGAGGAAGAGCUGCUAGGAGAGGUGUUGGAGCCAGAGCCUGUGGGCAAGCAGGCACUUGGGGACAGUGCUGUGUUGGGCCAGGAGCAGCCACUGCCUCCUGAGACAGGCGUGGAGGAGCUGCAGUGGGAGGACGAGCAGAACUAG